ACACAGAUCGCGUGUUCAGGUCACAUUGAGUACGGUAUGUGUUCAGGAGACUACAUCUGCCAGUCUUCGCUGCUAGUUUUACAUAAUUUAUCUACACUUAAUAUCAUCGUGUGGACAGUAUUAGUUCUCCAGUUUAAAAUACGAGUGUUUAACACGUCAGUGAUCAUUCGCUAGAAAUGUGCGCAGGAAAACUUAGUGUUUCUAUUUCGUGUAACUUUUAAUUCUUUUAAAGAGGCACUGUUUUACAUACAAUACAAAAACAAAACAACCUUCAGAUUGUAUUACUAUUUAGUAAAUAACUUUUAAAUAUAAUCGUUAUUUUUUACAAGUAUUGAUAUUCAUGGAGACACAAUUAUAAUCUUUGUUUCUUGCUUUGAUGUGAAUAGUUUAAGUGUUCGUAUCACCUGAGCGUUUGAGUCUAUUGUUAAUGAUAGUUUUAUGUCUACCCCAUUCACACCUGAUCCAUGUCUCUGUUUCCUAGCAGACGUAGAGUGAGUUACACACAUACAUGAAAACGUCAUAAAAAAAAUGGAUUAGGAGCAUGACCUUGGGCAGUCCCAGGCAGUAGCUGUCGACAGCGUGCUAGCAGAGCGCUCUAAGGUUUGAUGGAUGUGCUAGGAGGGAUGGGAGCGUUCACGGUUUUGUUUACAUCUCUUGGUUUCUUUUUGAUGAUUUAAAUAAGGGCCUGCCUGCGCCUCCCUGGCCUGCUCAAGCGAUUCUAAUGGACUGUUUCGAGUGUCGUGCCAGAGAGAUGAAGGAAUUGUGAUGUGAAUAAAACUGUCAAAAUAGAUCCGGUGUUGAGUGAUGCGCGACGAGGCAAGAAAUAAAUAUAUUUAUUUCCAUAGGCCUACAGCUUCGUAAAAAUCUGAUUAGAACAAAAAAAUCGGCAAACUUUAAGAUGCUGGUGUGCCCCAAAUGAAUUCCUCAUCCACAAAAAUACUGGAUCUCUACCCACUCGGUUGCUUGUUGAUUUGAUUCCAAGCUACCUCAGUCCGACUCUCAAUUAUGGAGCAGCCCAAAGAGCAGAGAACUCCUUCCAAGAAAAGUGGCUCAAAGCGGAGCACGAAAAGCCGUGCCAGACCUCAAAGACACAAACUCUCGUACAAAACCCGCGCGGCCACGUGGCUGGAACCCAGGAUAUUAAUGAUCACCACUGGGGUCACGCUUCUGGGUGUCUUGUUCCAGGUGAUCGCCAUAGCCACAGAGAGCUGGCUCAUCAUGAACGUCCACGGUGAGGGCGUCUACAGGAACUCAUCAGGGAAAUUUUUACUGGAAGCCUACACGGGCUUGUGGCGGCUCUGCAGAGUGGAACUAGAGAAGAAAGUAGACCAGGCUGGAAAGGAAGUGGAAAUAGUACAUGAAACCUGUGAACGACACAACUUAUUUCCAAAAGGUGACGAUAAAAAUGAAGGCCAGCCCAUUGACAGCCAUCAUCUAGAACUGGACGUGAAGAGGAUGUUCCAGAUUGAUUAUACUCGCACGGCCAUUGCCUUCACUCUCAUGGCCCUGUUCAUCAUGGCCAUUGGCCAUUGUUUCGCUUUCUACGCGCUACGCCGGCCACGUUACAUUAUCAAGAGAUUGGCAGCGCUGCUUCACUUUAUGACGGCCGCCUGCCUUUUAGUCUUAAAUGAAGUGUUUAUCAAAACAGUGGACCACGAGAAGAAAUCAAUGCCAGACCGAAUACCCUUAGAGUCCGUCACACGCUACGGAUACAGCUUUAUAUUAUCCUGGAUAGUCUUCGUGCUCUUUAUCCUAGCAGGGCUUAUCUUUCUCUUUAUGUCGCACAAGAAAAAACCAGAGUACACAGACGGGAACGAGGCUAUAGAAGACGAGCCCGUGGAAAUUUUCAGACGAUAGCAGACGACAAAAGCAGCUUUUUUUUUUAAUUGUGUAGCUGAAUCUUGUUUAUUUAAUAUUUUUAAUUAUAUAUUGAUAUCUUUUUUUUUUCCUACACGACUACGAAUGAAUGUCUUGGAAUUUGAAUGGCUUAACUAUAAUAACUAGAUCUGACCAAGACUAUAAAUUGAAUAUAACUAGAUCUGACCAACACUAUAAAUUGAGGCGUUAUCUAGGAGUUCUAGGAGACUUGAGACAUUUAUGCUUCUAAACAUCUUGCUGCAAGGGCGAAUCCAAAAAUUAUUUGGGGGGGGGGGGGGGGGUGAAGGGUUAUAAUAGCCUUUUCCCUUCACGCCAUUCUAAUCCUUAGUUUUGGAGUUGAGUGGUAACAUGCAGCACAUUGAUUUAUUUUUAUUUUUACAUUUACAAAUUACUCCCAGAUUCUUCUAAUUGGUCGAGUACAGCGCCACAAGUGGAGGUUUUUUUGUUUGGGGGGGGGGGGGGGUUCGGAGGGUAAGGAAAUCUUAAAAUAACUCCAAGGUUAGAAAUAAAAAGUAUCAACAAGUUGUAGACAUGUACAACAGUUGUGACAGCAGAGCACAAAAAGACCCUGUCCUCAAUCUUCAAGCGAGGGUGAUAGUCAAGCAAAGGGGUGAUGCUUUCAACUGCCCCCCUCCUGACUCUGUUAAUGAACAUGAAAAACUCUGCGUGGGUUUUCUUUUUGAAAUACAUUCUAACACUGAAAGUUUAUUGACUCGCCUUUUGCUAGUCCAAGCCCAGGAUUAGCCGUGAUAAGAACAUUUCCCCUCCCCUCCCCCCCCCCCAACCUCUAAUGCCCAGGAUUAGCCGUGAUCAGAACAUUUCCCCUCCCCCCCCCC